AAGUACCAACACAUGUUGGACAACUAUAUGAAGCAAUCCGAAACUGUCAAUGAACUUGAAUUAAAACUGCGAAACACACAACAAACACUUGAGCAGAGAACACAAGAAUAUGUUGAAGUGGAAGAAAAAAAUACCGCAUUAAGAGAGAAGUACUAUAGGCAAGAGACUACCACCAAAAUAACUGAAAAGAGAAUGGAGACAUGUGAACGGAAGCUUAAGCUAUUCGAAUCUGUUCGGGUACAAGCGGGGACUGCGGAAGAAUUUAUAGAAGUGUCCCUGAGAGAUGUUUCAAGAUUGAUUUUCAAUAUGCAAUCUACAUUCUGGACGAAAGUACAAAACUACUUUACAAAGCUAGAAGCAGAAUUUAAAACUGAAGUAACUAAGGUAAAGAAGAUCGAGUAUUCCAAGUAUGAUAAACUCGUCAUAGAGCAGAAAGAAGAAUUUGAGAGACAGAUAAGUAUUGUCUACAAAGAAAAACAGGAAGAUUCUAGAACAAUUUCCAAACUGAAAGAAGAAAGAAUUAUGCUCCAAGAGAAACUAGCCAUAGUUAAAGUUCAAAUUGAGGAAUACAAGUCAAAAGUAGAGUUAACUUCAGGACAAACAACCGCUUAUGACAUAGUACUGAAUGUGAGACGCGAGGAAGACGAAGGAAUGCUUGAACAAGUUAACUUUUAUGAAGUUUUAACAGACUUAGCUGAAGAAGAGGAAAGCCAAUUGACAGCAGAAAAAAUGACAAUGAGAUGGGAAGAUUUGAAGACGUGGUUUAGUCAAGAUCCACCAGAAUACAUAAGAAAAAGACUUGAAUCAGCCAAAACUUUACUGGACAACCCUACGACAGUACAGGAGGCUGAUUGGGAAUCUUCUCAGGCUCAGGAAAGCCUAGAUCAGCAAAUAUAAAUGGAAGGCACGGACCUCGAAUAAAAAAAUGAAAGCCUAGGCCAGCAAGUAACGUAAAUGAACAGCAAGAUCAAAUUUGUGAAAGGCAAAACAAAAAGCUAGCAGAAACUCAAUGGAGAUAUGUUAUCAGUCUUAUUCUCUUUUUUAUAUUUUUAAUUUUUCGCCCUUGUUCGAGAGUUUGAUAAAGAGAAUUAUGACUUAUCUUUGUAAAACCAUUGUAAAUUGUGUGUCUUAUUUAUGCAACAUUGUUAUUCAUCUAUAAUGUAAUCAGACUGUGAAGCCACCUAAUGUUAUGGCAAAGCUACAGUAUAGCCUGUGACUUCCUCUUAGUAAUGUCCACCCUCUUGCAUGGUCAACAUCCAAUGGUGGACAUUUAUUGGGGUAUUCAAUCUUGAGAUGUUGGCCAUUUAUUGGGGGUCAUAAAUCAUAAGUAUAUUUUUUAUGUAAUUAUGUUAAAAUCAAUCAGGGUUGAAGUUUUCAGCUGGUAUGUUUCAUUAAAAUUUACCUGUACAGGUAACAUGGUUUCUUUUAAAAUUGACAUUUCACCUUUUUUGGAAAAUGUAGAAUAAAAUAUUGUUUUAGUCUGUUAAUUUAUUAUUAUUUUUUUGUCUAGGAAUUUUUGAUUUUUAAUUUUUUUUUUUAAUGUUUUUAUUUUAAUGUGUUUUUUUUAUUAUUAUUUGUGUAUGUUUUGUUUCUUAUUCUUUUAAUUUCUUCUUAGUAAGAAUCUUGAGAAGAAAUGGCAAAAAAAUAAAGAUAGAGUUAUUGACUAGCAUUUGAAAUAAACAAGACUUUUAAUAAUUGUUUUUUAAGUAAAGGUUUAUAUAAAUGUACAUGAUGUACAUUGUAUUCAAUUAUUUGUUAACAUUAUUAAAUGAGUUAUUACUAUUAAUAAUAACUAAUAAUCAUGCAAGUGAUAUUUUAAAUAAAAAAAAUGAAAGUAACUAAACUAUUUGGUUUCUUAACAAAAUAAGAUGAUCAAUAUCAAUCCUUUUACAAUAAAUUUUGAUAACAUCUAAUAUUAUUCAGGAAAACUACAAGGACCAUUAUAUGGUUUAGGAAAAAACUGAUUUUGUUUAUCUUAAUUUUAUUCAAAUCUCAAAACAAGAGUUGCGAUCAAACAAUCACUGAAAAGAUUUAUUUUCCAAAUGUCCAUCUAGUUGUCAUCAAAUUUUGAUAAAUGUUCAUUACAAAUGCUAAUCAUAAUGAAAAAUGUUCUUAUAUAUCUGAAUCAAGUGAAUCUUAUGAAAAGAAAUUGUCUUGAAACUUAUUAAAUAUGUUAUCUUCAGUUUGGUUAAUUUCUAUCAAAUUUGUCUCCAAAAAAAAAAGUGCACUUCUAAAGAUGGUGACACUUUAAUGGUCUAUUAAUUAAAUCAUUUGUUUCAGUGUAUUAUAUUGUCAAUAGUGCUGUAUUGACAUGAUACAUAUUAUUGGUAAACAUUUACAAAGAAUAUUUCGAUCAACCUAGGCCUUUUAGAUAAAGUUAAUAAUUGCAGGGACUUGAAUGAAUUAAGACUUUUAAAGUCCUGAAUAAAAAAUGAAUUUAAAGAAAAAUCUAAAAAAUAAAAACUUU